CUACUACCCUUCUAGUCUCUAUAAUAUAUCUAUUUACAGUCGUGUACGUUCUAACUAGCAGUUUCGCUACCGCUUCAGCGUUAACUACUUUCUGAAGCACAUGCCGCUAUAAUUUUAAGACAGUAGUUAUACGCUUUUACGUGUUUUAAUUCCAACAGACAGUAAGAAAAUUUAAACAGGGGUUAAUAAAAACACCGAGACCACGUGACACAGCCCUUCAAGAUGGUGGACAGUGUGUGUGUGUCUGUAUGACGAGUUAAGAUUUGCGCCUGGGCACUUCUCAGUUAAUUUUCGUUUAGUUAAAAACGUUAAUGCAUCCGGGCAUUUCCACAGCAGGUAGAUGUGUGUUGUAAGCGAUGUGUGAGUUCUGCUGCACAGACAGCUCUAGUUCACCUCCGAACAUGGCUGGAGUUCCUGACGGUUUUUAUGGAAGAGUUUGGGAUGUUUACCAGCGCUUUCUGUUCUUUUGAGGGAUCGAAAUGUCGCUCAGAGAGCUGAAGGUGUGCUUGCUUGGGGACACUGGGGUUGGAAAGUCAAGUAUUGUGUGCAGAUUUGUAGAGGACAGCUUUGAUCCCAACAUUAAUCCUACAAUUGGGGCAUCAUUUAUGACGAAGACGGUACAGUACCAAAAUGAGCUCCAUAAGUUUCUUAUUUGGGACACAGCUGGACAAGAAAGGUUCCGUGCCCUUGCCCCUAUGUACUACAGAGGCUCAGCUGCAGCCAUCAUUGUUUAUGACAUCACAAAAGAGGAGUCCUUUCUAACUUUAAAGAACUGGGUAAAGGAGCUUCGUCAGCAUGGACCACCUAACAUAGUGGUGGCCAUUGCAGGCAACAAAUGUGAUCUUUCUGAUGCCAGAGAGGUACUGGAGAAGGAUGCCAAGGACUAUGCAGACUCGAUCCAUGCUAUUUUUGUAGAAACUAGUGCCAAAAAUGCUGUUAACAUCAAUGAAAUCUUCACUGAGAUAAGUCAGAAGAUUCCACUUUUAGAUACGAGUGACUCAGGUGUGAGGGGUUUAAAACUGCGACGUCAACAGUCAGACUUAACCAGGGAACGCACUUGCUGCUGAUGCACAAUUAGGCCAAAUCUAUUUCUACCUUUUUUUUUUCACCUCUUGAUUGAUAAGAAACAGAAUGGAUAACAAUAAACUUCUAAUAGGAGCACAAGAAGAACAUUAUGACAUCACCAUCUUGAAAUCUUAAUCAGUUAAAACCUAAUUUCACUUUUUGAAAUUGUUUAUAUAUAUAUAUGCUACCUAUACUUAUGACUUUUUGUCCAUGGCUAACUAAAGUGGCAUAGACUCAGUUACCUGCUUAUCGCUGCUUUUUGCUUUUUUUUUUUUUUUUUUUUUUAUCUCCAAAAAUUUUAAAGGAAAAUGAAAAAAGGCACUGGUUUUAUUUCUUUUAACAAAUCAAAAUGUUCUUGCUUUCUGGUUUUCCAUAACCUAUAUCAAUACACUGUGUGUGGAUACGUGAGGCUGACAUGGAUUCAGUUUAACAUGUUAUGUUAAAUCCAUAACAAAGGGCAGUUUACUGUAAAUUGAUUUUAAAAAGAAACUAUCUCCUUUGAGACUGGUGCAGCGUUCAUCUGAAGAAGUUUAGCUUUUUUUCUUGCAGUGAAAUCCUUUGAGCACUUUUUGAAAUUCUUUUAGAUUGCACCAAAAGAAUGAAUUUGCCUCAUUAAACUGAAUGAUUUGCACAGUGGAUAGCUGUCACUAUCAGAGUAGAUGUUGAUCUUUAUUUAGAGAUAAUGUUAGUCUUAAAUAGUUUAAAGUCAGCUAUUUAGGUUUCACAUUCUAAAAUUUAUGUUCCUGCUCAGAGAGAGUACCCUCUGUCAUUUAAGUGUUUUUCCAACUCCCAACACACCUGAUUCAUCCAGUCAGUCAAAUAACAGCUCUUCCUAAACUAAGCUGGGUAUUUAGGGGUAUGGACUAAAUUGUGUAGGACAGAGGGUUCUCCAGGGCCAGGUCAGUUUACCUUAUUAUUAACCUGAAUUAACCUAUUUGUAAUAGGGUUAUAUUAGUAUGUAUUUAAGUAUUAUCUCUCUAUGUUAUCUUUAUAGUCUGACAGGCUGAUGAAUGCAACAAAGAACUGAAAAACAAGAAAACUCUGGGUUAAUGAAAAAUAUUUCUUUGUGGCAUGGCAGCUAAUAACAUUUUAUUUAGAUUUGUUUUAACUAGGUUGAAGUGAAAAGAAAUAAACCUUUCAACACAUUUUAAAAUAUAAUAUUUCUGCGUAUUUGCAGCAAUAUGCUUAAUUGGCCUGGACAUGUUCCAUGCUGUUUAAUUAGGUUGAUCAGAAUCGCUUGCUUUUAGGAACCAACUUGUCAGAGUUAACUUGGUCGUUGUAAAGUAACAGUUUGCCAGUAAAAGGACAAGUAAAAGGACAUUUGAACUUUUGGAAUUGAGUAAAGUACUAUCUGGCUGGAAAAGAGGAACUUUUAGGUCCAGAUUUGAAUAGAAUGUAUAUGAAUGUGAAAAAUAUAUUUCAUUUCAGUUACUGUAUUAGAUAUCUCAAUUGUCUGUACUGUACAUGUCACAAAAAAGUUCCCCCCAGAAAAAAACACCCAGAGUCCAUUUCCCAAACAACCCACCUAUCUUGAGCAUCAUUAGUAUUACUAAGAUAAGAUGUGUACUUUUUUUUUUUUUUACAUAAAAUGAAUAUUAAAAAGAUAAACUGCCUGAAUACUAAUUUAAUUCCUGUGUUGACUUGUGAAUAUGACCAGUGUGGCUAAUAUGUACCUAAACAAUGAUUCCAAAGCAAUGGCUACAGUAUAUGAUUUAGAGACUGGUGGAUGCAACAAUAAUUGGCAGCCUGCUUACGCAUGCUUAAGCAACUGCGAGUUGUGACAAUAUUUUUGAUGAAUGAAGUACGGUGAUGCGACCGUUGGCUACAGUGAAACAUUUGAAUAGGGCCAUGUCCAAGAACAUUUAGAGAGUGGAACCCCCAAUCUUUAAAAACCAACAAAUAAAUUGUCACCAACUUGCAGAAGAGACAACUGUCUCUGGGAAUUGUCACAAUCAUUCAUGGACACCGCAGUCCCACCGAAGCAGGCAGUAUAAUGAGGACUCGGGUACUGAGAAAACUCUACAUAGAUGGCAUCCAAGUUCUAAAGAAAUGCUGGGAUAAAUUCAUUAGUGUGGCAGGGGAUUAUAUAGAGAAAUGGUGGUAGUAUUUACUCUCAUAACUAUGUUCUUUACUGCCAAACAAAAAGUCUUGGUUUGACUUGAAGGGGACCUAUUAUGAAAAAUAUAAUGUUUAGUAAUUUGUAGACAUUCAGAUGUGUCACCAUUGUGUGUACAAACAAACUUUGUGAGGGAAAAUAAAACAUUGCCUGUUUUUGUUA